AUGGAUCUAGGAUCGCAACGCCCAUCACAGCUUUUGAGGAAGAUGUCAGCACUCGCUGCCAACACCCAAGUUGCGAACGAUGCUCUUAAGCGACGCUGGAUUACAAGGCUACCGUCAAAAGUGAAAACUGUGUUAUCAGUCGCACCGGAUAUGGCAUUGGAUAACUUAGCAAAAUUGGCUGACAAAAUUAUGGAAAAUAUGCUAACUGGGGAAGUGGCCGCCGUUGCAUCUACCACGCAGACCGCGGACAUAUCAGACCAGUUAAAACAGGUGACCACAGAACUAAAGGAGCUGCGUCUCGAAUUGAACGAGAUAAGAGGGAGGACCGAGAAUAGAAGAGGAGCAUGGAAUCGGCAAAGGUCUAGGUCACAGUCACGGGGACAACCGAGAACUCCAGAAAGCCCCGGGUGGCUGUGCAGGUACCACUACCGUUGGAGGAACCGUGCCAGGAUGUGUGAACAGCCCUGCAACUGGAAGAAGCCCAGAGCAGCAGCUCCGGCGGAAAACUAG